GCCGUCGUCACCCGGUUACAUUCUUGUUGCGAAAUCACCGGUACGUUGAUGACCGAACUAACAGCUCUUCCAGGCUAUACUCGCAGAAUCAGUGACAAUUUCGGACACUCGGCCGGACAAUACGAUCCCGCCGACAACAUACAUUCCCGAGAAGGUUUUAUUACGUUCCCAACAGAAACCACGGCUUUCCACGACUUCUCAUUCGGCCAGGAUCAGUCAUGUCACCGCGCAGAGAUGGACCCGACUCCGGUCUCGUCUCCCGCGAACUUCUAUGAACUGGAAUCCACCGGCAAACAGAAAACGGUAUUCACUUUCGAGCGCGAGCAGAGUUUCCCGGACCUCAGCACACUUUGUGACGGCGAGGACUCCGUGGAUUUAAGUGUUUACAUUCAGGAAAGUGCAAAGCGGUGGCACUUGGACUCGGGUGGUGAGGACCUCCUGGCUGAGCUGGGCCUCUCCAAGAGCGAUCUGGACAAAGACAAGUUCUCCAAGUCUUCGGACAGCGGAGCCACCCCAACCGUAGCAGCACCUCCGGCCUUGCCUGAUCCAUUUGACGCACUAGACGACAUCUACAUGCCGCAGCUCACGUCCGAGUCGACGCAAGCCCCGGCCACAAACACCCCCACUACCACCACCGCAGCCUCCCCGGACAUCGCCUCGGUGCCGGUGAAGCAAGAGCCCGUCUACCUCCAGGAGGACUACUCGGCAAGUUCCCACGCCUCGCCAAGUAGUGACAUCGGAUCACCAUCGGAGAAUAGGCCAGCACCAGGAAAGGCACAGUCAUCUCGUGGUGGACGCCGGGCCCUGCAGAAGGGGACUGAGGAGUACACCACACGCCGCCAGCGCAACAACGUUGCGGUCAGGAAGUCCCGCGAGAAGGCCAAGCAGCGCAAUCUGGAAACUCAGCAGAAGGUCCAAGAACUUCAACAGGAGAACGAGAAGCUCCAGAAGCGGGUGGAACUUCUGACCAAGGAGCUCGACACCCUUAAGUCCCUUUUCACCAAUGUCAGUGCAGCCCGCGGGGGCAAGGCCAGCCGUAAUUGAAGCUUCGCGCCAAACCUGCCGGCCAUGUGACAUCCUACGCAGCAGGGCCUGUGGCCGCAUGCAGUCCUGUCAUUCAUCCAUGCAAAAACACUCUCGCUUAAAAGUACCAGAUCGGACUCACCUAUAUAGACUACUAUAUACUUCAUAUGCUCAGUUCAAUGAGCAAAUUACUUGUGUGACAUGUAAACGUUUUAUAAGACAAUCCAGCAUAUUCAAAGGCUCUGCUUUGAAAUCUGGAGAUGCUUUUUUUGUGCUGAAGUGUAAGGUGUGCUGUAGAAAUGCUAGAUAUGCCAUUAGGGCCAAAUAUCAAAACUAUAUUAUAUCCAAAGUAGUUUUUAAGUAUCUUCUUCAUUACAAAUCGUCUGAUGUGCGAUUAUGACAAAUUGUGAAUAAAGUGUGGUGUAUUUAUUGUUCUAAUCAGA